CAAGCCUGCGACUUGAGAACAUCACUUUCAUUGCAACUCCCCUCACCGCUCAGGAAUUGCUACUACGCCUCCCAUGUCAACCCUACCAUCAUCCCGCCGUAGGGUAAAAACCCGCAGUAAGGCGCUCUUACUGCCGAGGGGUUAUAUGAUCAGUCGGCUCAAAUGUGACGAAGCGACCCCAGCAUGUAAUCAAUAUUGGACGGCAAGGAUUGAACAAGCAGUCAUUUCAACCAGCACUGGGCGAUGCAGCAGCGAGUUGGGACCAAUAUACCUCCCUAUCGACGAUGACGAUACAACCCUCCCGGGCCGAUUCUGGACGGCCACAGGCACCAGCGACUCAGAGUUUGUGUUUGCAUUCUCAGACCACAAUGGCACGCAGCCCUCCCGUGCGUCGGGCACCUGGUGCAUAGGGUUCAAGUACAAUGGAGAUUUGAAUCAGAAGACGGACGGCGAGCACAUCGUGCAGAGAUUCAAGUGCGACGUCAGGUCCGAUGACAACAUCGAGGCAUACGCGACCCAGGAGUCGAUGAACGAUCCAAGAUCCUCUUAUGAGUAUGUCUGUCGCAUCUGAGACUGGCUGUCGAGAUAUGGCUUAUUCAGAGAUUGGUUGGUAGCGAUAGAUCCAGAAAAUC